AUGCUAAGGCUAUUUCAAAAAAGUGUAGUACCAACUACGCUACUCAGACCAUCGAUUGUUGCCGCCACAUCCUUGCUUAUAACUCCUGUCAGGUUUAACUCAACAAAUAAGGUUGCCUCUUCAGCUAAGUAUUCCAAAACAGAAUCCAACAUAAAUAUUGAUGACUUGUUGAAGAGCUCUAUUCCAGACUUGUCCUUUAGUGAAUCUAUGAGUGAAAGAUUUGGGUUUGAUACCAAUAGACAACCAACACCACGUGAAAUUGCUAAAGGAAUAAGAGAAUUUGGCACCAAUGCAGGAAGAACAGUCGACGUUAACUAUAAUAAUUUAGCCAGAGCAUUUACCCAGAUAAAGAGAGUUGGAAAUGAAAACAAGCUUAGGUACUUGCAAAAAAUCCAGUCAAGAUAUAUUCGCCCCGCAAAAUAUAGAAAACAAUUAAAGAGGGAAUGGUGGAGAAGGAAAUUUUCAUCCGGAUUUAAGGACUUGUUGGCACAGGUUAACGAUGCUAGAAGAAGAGGCUAUUAA